AUGGCCUUUGACGAACUUCUACAAUAUGUAGGCAGCGAAGGGAAGUUUCAGGUUUUGACAAUUAUCUUUUUCAUGCUUUUAAAUAUCCUGACGCAACCGCACGAUUCCAUUGAGAACUUUACAGCAGCCAUCCCAGCUCACCACUGUCAUGUCCACCUUCUUGACAAUCCCACAUUCAAAACCAAUAUCACCAUAAACCUGACAACUGAAGCUCUUCUGAGGGUCUCCAUCCCAGUGGGCCCAAACCAGAAGCCUGAGCAAUGUCGUCGCUUCCUCCAGACUCAGUGGCAACUCUUAGAUCCCAACAUUUCAGCCAUCAAUCAUACUGAUCCUGAGACAGAGCCAUGCCUGGAUGGGUGGAUAUAUGACCAAAGUGUUUUCACCUCUACCAUCAUUACUAAGUGGGACUUGGUGUGCGAUUAUCAGUCAUUCAAAUACUUCACACAAGCCUUCGCCCAGUCAGGGCACUUGGUGGGCUGUGCUCUCAGUGGCAUUGUUUCUGACAGGUUUGGACGGAAGCCUUUGCUGGUCUUCUGUUGCCUGACCUACGGAAUCCUGAGCACCUGCUGUGCCUUCGCGCCCGUCUUCAUCAUUUAUGGUAUUCUGAGGUUCCUAACAUCUGUCUGCCUGAGUGCUAUUCUAAAUAACUCUUUAGUAUUCAUUUUAGAAGGGAGCUCACCAAAAUGGAAACUAGUGGUUACCACACUCUUUUCAUUAUCUGGGACUGCUGGCCAGAUAUUACUUGCAGGCCUGGCUUACUUUUUCCGGGAUUGGCAAAUGCUCCAGUUGGCCAUUGCCUUGCCCUGCCUCAUUCUUUCUCUCUUUGUCUGUGGGAUCUCAGAGUCAAUCCGCUGGCUCAUGGCAACCGGAAAAACAGAACAAGCAUUGAAAGAGCUCCAGAGAAUUGCCCGUAUAAAUGGAAAGAAAGAGGUGGCAAAAAGUUUGACUGCCGAGGUUUUGAUAUCUAAUAUGAAGGAAGAAUUGAAUACCACAAGAGAGCCUUCCGGAAUAAAAGACGUUGUGUUUAAUCCUGUAGUAUUCAAGACAGUGUUUUUCAUUGGCAUUUUAGGGUGUUCAGCAACAUUCAGUUACUAUGGCCUCCUGCUGGAUGUUGAUAAUUUGGGGAAAAACAUAUUUCUGACCCAGUUUCUACUAGGAAUAUCAGACAUACCCAGCAAAUUACUUUCUUAUUUUAUAUUAAAGAAUAUUAAUCGUCGUCCUUCAAGCAGUUUUUCACUCUUUAUGUGUGGAGGUUUUAUUCUGCUCACUAUAUUUGUGUCUAAAGAGAUGCACGUUCUGCGCCUCAUUCUUUUCCUGUUGGGGAAAUCAUCUGUUUCAAUCUAUAUGUCCAUAAUGAUAAUCUUUACCAAUGAGCUCUCACCAACAGUACUGAGGUCGACAAUGCAGGGCAUUCUCUUUUUCCUUGCCAGAGCAGCAGCGACACUUUCUGCGUUAGUACUUUCAACUAGGAUCUAUUUUGUCCAUCUUCCAGCGAUUCUCUAUGCAGUCUUUCCUAUGGCAGUGUCAGUAUUUGUCUACUUUCUGCCAGAGUCCUUUAAUCUUCCACUUAUUGACACCAUCGAGGACAUGGAGAAAAGGUACAAGUUUAGAAACAAGGACACCCAAACCAAACAAAGAAAAGACCUCUUGGCAACCAGUGAGUGCUAA